CGAAACUCUGGUUUCUUAUUGGGAAAAUCUCGGACAUGGCUUCCCUCGUCUCCAAAUCCACCUCCAAAGGCGUGGACUCCAUCAACCAUGACAUCGUUGGCCGUCUCUUGCUCCAUUUCCUUAUCUGGUUCAAACAAUACGGUCAGGGGGAUAUUCAAGCUGGCGCGAUUGCUGGGUACUCUCUGCUUUGGCUCCUUUUGUGGGCCACGGCUAUGGGGCUUCUAGUUCAGCUGUUGGCGGCGCGGCUCGGCUUGGCUACGGGUAAACACUUGGCAGAGCUGUGUAGAGACGAGUACCCGAAAUGGGCUCGGUGGUUGUUGUGGGUGAUGGCGGAGGUUGCCCUGAUUGGGGCGGAUAUUCAGCAAGUGAUUGGGAGUGCGAUUGCGAUUAAGGUUUUGAGUAAUGGGGUUGCUCCUCUUUGGGGUGGUGUUGUUAUCACUGCUUGUGAUUGUUUCAUUUUUCUAUUUCUUGAGAACUAUGGUGUGAGGAAACUGGAAUCAGUUUUUGCGGCUCUUAUUGCAACGAUGGCAUUGUCAUUUGCUUGGAUGUUUGGUGAAACAGAGCCCAAUGGAGUAGAACUUCUUCUUGGUCUUUUAAUUCCAAAACUUAGCUCUAAAACAAUACAACAGGCAGUGGGUGUUGUGGGUUGCAUUAUUAUGCCUCACAACAUGUUUUUGCACUCUGCUCUUGUACAAUCAAGAGAGAUUGACCGGAGCAAGACUGGCGGUGUUCAAGAAGCCCUAAACUACUACUCCAUAGAGUCCACUGUUGCCUUCACAAUCUCUUUCAUGAUCAAUCUAUUUCUUACUGCCGUGUUUGCCAAAGCAUUUUAUGGUACCGACAUAGCCAAUAGUAUUGGGCUCGUAAAUGCGGGACAGUACCUUCAAGAGAAGUACGGGGGAGGGAUACUCCCAAUUCUGUAUAUUUGGGGUAUUGGGUUAUUAGCAGCUGGCCAAAGUAGCACGCUCACAGGUACUUAUGCUGGGCAGUUUAUUAUGGGAGGCUUUCUAAAUUUGAGGUUGAAGAAAUGGUUUAGGGCUUUGAUAACGAGAAGUUGUGCUAUUAUCCCAAUUAUGAUUGUUGCUCUUGCUUCUGAUAUCUCUGAGGACUCGUUAGAUGUUCUCAAUGAAUGGCUUAAUGUGCUUCAGUCGGUUCAGAUCCCUUUUGCACUUAUUCCGCUUCUUUGUUUGGUAUCCAAAGAGGAGGCCAUGGGUAUUUUCAAAAUUGGCCCGGUCCUCAAGAUGGUUUCAUGGCUCGUGGCCGCCUUGGUGAUAGUGAUCAACGGUUAUCUUUUGCUGGAAUUUUUCUAUUCCGAAGUAAAUGGGUGGUUACUAAGCUCCGUCGUAUCUGCUUUUACAGCUGCAUACCUUGCAUUUAUCAUAUACCUCACAGCCCGGAGCAUUACCUUUUCUAACUGGCUCGGCUUUUUACAUACCAGGAGGAUCACAAACACACGAAAAUGAAAAGUUGUAAUUUUUUUUACUUAUUUUUACAUGAAAGAAAUAAAAGAAAAGGCUGAGCAAUUGUUAUCCGAAUGUAGUUUUAUUUGCCUAUGAAACAAGCAAAGCAGUGUAUUAUUCAUCAUAAAUUGCAGAAAUAAUGUUGUCCUUGGAGUAAAUAAUUCAAUGUUCUUGGCUUCUUCAACCUCUGAUAUUAGUGAAUUCAUCUCUCCCACUCGCAUAA